AUGCCGAAGGAGUCCGCGGGCAUUCUGCGCGCCUACCGCGCCCUCUUUCGCGCCCUGCAAGCGUACAGUCGCUCCGGGCUGCCGCUCACCGGGCUGCGAAGCGACGCCCUGCAUCGGACGCCGCUGCUCCUCCCGGACCUGGACACCAUCGGCGCCCUGCGGCGCAUUUUCCGCCAGACGGACGUGAAGUUCAACUCCCAGGCCGCGGACUCCGCGCUGGCCCGACUCAGGGGGCAGCAGAGAGACCUCCUGGCUGCGGCGGGGGAAGACGAUGUGCUGAGUCAGGUUUUGGGGCAGCUGGCGUACGCGCAGGAGCAGGCCGCGAAGCCCGUGGCGCCGAGCGAGCCGGGGGCGCCGCCGACGGGGCCCGCGGACGCGUGGAGCCGGCAGGUCGAGGCUGGGCUCUCUGCUUUGUUCAGGUCCACGGAGCUCCCGCUCGACGACCCCGUCUUCCGCAUGGACCCCGAGGGCCACGAGGCCGCCGCGCGCGUCAUGGAGGCUGACUCAGCCCUCCCCGCCCGACUGGACCACAUGGCGGCGGAGUCCCAGCGCAUGGCCGGCGCCGGCGACGUGGAGGCCGAGCACGUCGUCGCCGCGCUCUGGGAGGUCGGCGGCGUGCGCUGCGUGCCGCACGAGUGGCUGUACGAGCGCCUCAGUCCCCUGCAUCUCCACCUGGCACUGCCGAGCCGCAAGGGCAUGCCGUUCUCGCUCGCGGUGGCGACGGCGCUCGUCGCGCGGCGCUGCGGGCUGCACGCGGUGCCGCUCACGGGCUCGCUCAUGCAGGGCGCCAUCUUCGAGCAGCCCGCGCCGGGCGUCGACCCUACAGAGGCCAGCCAAGCGCGGCGGCGCGCCGCGGCGCAGGUCCUCGUCGCGGACCGCUGGGUCGUCCGCGUCGCCCGCCCGCACGCCAAGGAGCCGGCCGCGUACGUCGACGUGUUUGGGCGCGGCGGCGUGGUCGGCGCGGACGAGGCCGCGCGGCUGCUGUUCGGGAGCGUCGAGGCCGCGCGCCUGACCGGCCUGGCGCCGGGCGGCGCGGAGGAGAUCCUCGCAGUCGACAUGCCCGCCGGCCGGCUGUGGGCGUACGCCGCGGGCCAGAUUGUGCAGUGCUAUCAGCGGUGCGGAAUGGCGGACGACGUGGCGCGGUGGCUGUACGUGAAGCUCGCGCUGGACCCGGCCGCGGAGGAGUGGUCGCUGGUGUGCGGGUGA